AUGGCCCCGACCUUGCGAAACGCCAGGUCGCACGACGCAGCGCCGACCAGCAACAUCAAGUUGGAGGACGAGGCGGCCGACGUUCGAGCUGUUGCGGCGGCCGAGACGGACGAGCGAUCCUCCAAGGCGGUCGACGCGGGCAGCAAGCUUCCUCGCCUGUUGGCGUUUCCGCUGACAGUGGCGCUGAGCCUUGCCCUGUCAACGCUGGGAGGCUUGAUCAUUCCGCAGGUGUCGAGGAGCCAGCUCGAUUCCCUGACACGCACUCCCGACACAUGGGGUGAGGCAGCUAUCCUAGCCGGGUGGAGGAUCUUGGAGCUAGGCUUGGCUUGGUUUGGCAAGUUGGAUAGCGUGGAGGCUGGGUCUUUGAAGAUGUUGGCUAAUGGACCUACGUACUACUUGAUGAUGCAAUUCUACGGUCUCAACCCUUGGGCUGCGCUCUCCGCGGCAGUCGUCGAUGUGCUCUCCGUCACGGUGCCUUUUCAUCUAGUUUUACCGCUCUCGACGGCCGACGAACCAUCUCUGCGGAGCUGGAACCGCGACCUUGUCGACCUCCCCAUGCUGCUGCUGACGAGCCUCCUCUCGACGGGCAUCUACACGGUCACGCUUGUUCUUUCGCUUCGCUUCCUCCUGCCACGCACCCUGGUCGCUUACUUCAACGGCAUACCUACCCUCGAGCCAGCCUAUUCGGCUUCGUACGCCGAUGCUCUCCCCGCCAUGCUCCUCUUGGGCUUCGCAGCCAGCACGUUCGUCUUCCCGCCGUUUGCUGCUACCGGCAGGGCCAAGGAAGACGCCCAGAUCGACGAGUUCGACCCGGUCAAUGCGACGCUCGGCCAGACUGUGUGGUGGAACUUUUGGGGGUACACCGCCAAGGAGAAGGUUGUCAUUCGGCGGACCGCUGCGGCUGCGGCGUUGAGCGGCGUCGGCACGUAUCUUGCCUGCACGAGGAGAAUGUACGGCAUCGAGGCGACCGGUGCGGCUGCAUACGCCGCUGUUUGGGCUACGGCUGCCGUUUUGGCAGGUCUUGGGUUGGGGUUCGUCGGUCGCGAGUAA